UAAUCUGGCAACUGAAGAACAUAUUUUGGGAGUGGCCUUGUACAAGCCCCGCCCUCUGCCCUGUAAUGUCCUAUUGGUAGGAAUGAGAGGGUGGAAACUCACCUCUAACUGUUCCCUCCCAGUUCUAAAUGAAAGCCCAUUGUGGAAUGCACACAUUCUCUCUCUUACAUCCGUAUACUCACACACCCUCACUCUCCCUCACGUAUGUUCAUCAGGUCCUCUCUCCUUCCUGUUUUUCACAAGUUCCUGCCUUUUUACUGAUUCUAGUAUUGUCGCAGACUGGAAGGAGUUCAAGCUUCCCAGGAAUCCCUUGUUUAGGAUUCCUAACUAGGAGGGCUGGACUAAAGAGAGCGCUUUGAAAUCUCCCAACACAUGUUUGUUGUGAAGAUCGAGCUGACCAUGCUUUGGAGUUUAUUACCUAUGUGUAGCUGACGUUGGGGGGUUGGAAAUUUGCCUUGGGAUGAAGUGAAGGGGGGUGGAAGAGGAAACCCCAUUCACACAGAGAUCACCCAGCACAAGACACACUGAGCCGAAAGUUUUCUCUAGUCCUUGGGAAAAAACUAGCUUCACAGUCUUCUCCUGAUGGAACUCAGGAGGACAAACAUUCCCAGGGUUCCCAGAAGCUGCUGAAACACUUUUAGAAGUUUUUGUUUAAUUAUGGAAUCACUGAGGGAAUCUGUUCUUCAUUUAACAUACCAGAUGUCAACAUACAAACGAGCCACACUGGAUGAAGAGGAGCUGCUGGACACUGACUCCGAUGGGGUCUACCACACCUCUACCAUGCAGGUGAGGCUCCAGCGUGGUCUGGGACUCCGGUGCUGGGCAGAGAAGACCCACGUUGAGAGGAAGCUAGUGGUCGUCGUGUGCGCUCUGUCUGUGGCUCUCUUCAUUUGCAUCAUGACUUUGGGUCUGCACUAUAAAAAAUCACAUCCGGGAAUGUGCCUGUCAGAGCCUUGUGUAAGUGUUGCGAGUACGGUCUUGGGGGCUCUUGAUCGAUCAGUGGACCCCUGCCAGGAUUUCUACAACUUUGCAUGCGGGGGAUGGAUGAGGAAAAACCCAUUACCUGAAGGCAAGUCCCGCUGGGGUCCUUUCAGCAACCUGUGGGAACACAACAUGGCUGUCAUGAAGAACUUAUUAGAGAAUACCAGCAUGAAGAGCCUGAGCAAAGCAGAACAAAAAGCCCAGUGGUAUUACCAGGCUUGUAUGAACGAGAUUAAAAUUGAAGCACUCGGAGCAAAACCACUUCAGGAUCUCAUCAAUCAGACAGGAGGUUGGGGCUUGAAAGGCCCGUGGGAGAAAGAUAACUUCCAGGAGGUUUUAAGGACAGUGUCAGCCAACUUCCGGACCUCCCCCUUUUUCACUGUUUUUGUCAGCACAGACUCCAAAAGCUCCAACAGCAACAUCAUCCAGGUGGAUCAGUCAGGAUUGGGACUUCCCUCUAGGGAAUACUAUCUCAAUAAGACAGCCAAUGAAAAGUAUUUGAAAGCAUACUUGAACUUCUUGGUGGAGCUUGGAAUGCUUUUGGGCGGCUCAGAGGAGACCUCUCAGAAGAUGAUGCAGGAGAUCAUAGACUUUGAAACGGCCCUGGCAAACAUCACGGUCCCUCAGGAAGAGCGACGUGACGAGAUGACAAUUUACCAUAAAAUUCAAGCCAAAGAGUUAGCUACAUUGGCUCCUGCAGUAGAUUGGAUGCCUUUCCUCUCUGCAGUGUUCGCCCCUGUUGCUCUAAAUGACUCUGAACCCGUGGUUGUGUAUGCUACAGAAUACCUCCAGAGAGUCUCAGAACUCAUCAGCAACACCAACAAGAGCAUUUUGAAUAACUACAUGAUCAUGAAAGUGGUGCGGAAAAUGGUGUCCAUCUUAGACCAGAGGUUCCAAGAUGCAGAGCAGCGCUUCCUUGAAGUCAUGUAUGGCACCAAGAAGAGCUGCAUGCCACGCUGGAAACUUUGCGCCAGCGACACGGAUAGCGCUCUGGGCUUUGCUCUCGGGGCGCUCUUCGUCAAAGCUACUUUUUCCGAAGACAGCAAAGCUUUUGUUGAAGAUAUGGUUUCCGAGAUCAAAUGGGCCUUUGAAGACAGCCUGAAGACUGUCAGCUGGAUGGAUCCCGAGACAAAAAAAGCAGCCAAAGAAAAGGCAGAUGCAUUAUACAACAUGGUUGGUUAUCCAAAGUUUAUUAUGAACCCCAAAGAGCUGGACAAGGUGUUUAAUGACUUUGAUGUUGUUUCAGAUCUUUACUUUCAAAACGUCAUGAAUUAUUACAACUUCUCUGCACGAGUGACUGCUAACCAGCUGAGAAAAGUCCCCAACAGAGAUCAAUGGAGUAUGACUCCACCUACAGUUAAUGCCUACUACAACCCCACAAAGAAUGAGAUGGUACUUCCGGCAGGCAUUCUCCAGGCUCCAUUUUACAACCAUGCGUGGCCAAAAGCAAUGAAUUUCGGUGGUAUAGGUGUGGUUAUGGGGCAUGAGCUCACCCAUGCCUUUGACGAUCAAGGAAGAGAGUAUGAUAAGGAAGGGAAUUUGCGUCAGUGGUGGCAAAAUUCUUCAGUGGAGGCUUUUAAACAGCAGACCCAGUGCAUGGUGGAGCAGUACAGCAACUACAGUAUAAAUAAAGAACCUUUAAACGGGAAACACACUUUGGGAGAAAAUAUCGCGGACAACGGAGGCCUAAGGGCAGCUUAUAAGGCUUAUAUAAACUGGAUCGAGAAGAAUGGUGAGGAGGCCACUCUGCCUGCCCUGGGAAUGACCAAUCAUCAGCUGUUUUUUGUGGGAUUUGCUCAGGUUUGGUGCUCAGUUCGGACACCUGAAAGCUCUCAUGAGGGCGUUAUUACUGACCCCCACAGUCCGUCACGUUUCCGGGUCAUUGGGACCAUCUCCAAUUCCCAUGAGUUCUCUACACACUUUGGCUGCAAGGCAGACUCACCCAUGAACCCCAAACGGAAGUGUGAGCUGUGGUGACAGGGACUCUUACAUGGGGGGCCGAACCUGGAGCUCUUAUCGCUCAAAAAUCCCAAACAUCCAUCUCAGGUUGCCUAAUCUAGACUGCCAAAAAGCUGGUGAAUUUAUAGUGGACUACAUAUUUUCCAGCUCUCACUUGCCUCUUAUUGGGGAAAUGGUGUAAAUAGGGACUCCAAGGAAGUCUAUAUAAUGGAGUUGUGUUCUUACAAACAUUCAAAACACUGGAAGUUAAUGGUUAAAUAUAACGAGAGAAGGACUUCUCCUUUCUGCAAAUGUUUUCUUUGAAUAUGUGCCUUUUGAGAAAAUGCUUUUAUUUUUCUAAUUGGAAAUGAUAUUUAUGUUCUCUGUAUUACAUUGUUGGUGGGACAUUUUGUCUGUGAUGUUUGCAAAUUCUUGCACAACACAUUGUGCAACAUUGUAAGAUAACUUUAAUACAUAGAUUGAGAAGUUUUAUAAGACUGUUCCAUCAUAUCUUAUUUGUUGAAUUUGCCUGUACAAUAUGAACUUGAACUCAGGCAAACAAUUUGAUUUUAAUCAAUCUCACAAUGUCACUUAAUUUCAAAAGAAAAAUAGGUAUAGUAUUGAAUAUGUAGAAAGUGCCUUUAAAACUAUGCAAAUUGCCUUUUUAUUACACACUGAUUCCAACUGUCCUUCUUCCCUCAAAAUAAAUAGGAAUUAUAGGUAACAAUUCACAAUAAGGUUUCAUUUGUUAACAUUAAUAAACUAUUAAUGUUAAUGCCACCUUGUUAAACGUUUGGUAUUCUCAGUCAAAAAUGGCCGGCCUACAAAAUAAAUUGUGUGUAAAUUUCUCAUAAUGCUAUUACAUUGCCAAAUAUUGAAUUAAAUCGUUUUAUCAACAUUUUCUUUCUAUUAUCACAGGUUUUUCAGGUUUUUUCAUGUAGGUAUUUUUUUUAUUUCUCAGCCUCCUUGACUGAGAUCUUAUUCAUCUGUCACAUUAAUAUUACCCACGUUUAUCCACAAAUAAUGUUUGUUUGUUUUUUUUUUUCAUUCAAAAACUGAUGUGCAGAACACUGAGGCCGAUGAUAAGUCAGUUCCAAAAAGAAAUAUAAACCCUGUGCUAAGUGAAAGCAAGUUGUAAAAAAAAACAUGACAAAUUUACGAGCAAUAUUAAAAAGCUGGUCAUUUUUGACUGGGAAUGUUAAAAUAUGUAUAAUUUUUUCAGCACAGCACAAGAGUUAAUUUUUAAAUCGCUAAUUGUAAUUCAUUAACUGAUCGGUGUAAUUUUCAUUGAUCUAUUGAUUCAAAAGUUAUUUUGUGGUUUAUAAUUUCUCUCCGUCUCCUGGAAAUAUAACCGACAGAUGUCGCCACAUUCACAUAUAUUAAUGGCAUCAGAAAUACCAAAUAAAAAAGCAAGCUAA